AUGUCGUGCAAUUGCUCAGGUCACGGCCCAGGUCACGGCCAAGGUCACAGCCAAGGUAACACGGAUUGGGAAUACGAGUACCGUCUGGCUGUUUUCGACAUGUAUGAAAGCCUGCGAAGAGAGCAAGAGUUCUUGAGCCUCGGCGGUAAUCAAUCUCGCCGAGACUGUAUCGUGAACCUCCGUGCACUUGCAGCCGACUCGGAAGUUAUCGUUGAUCUCGCAAAGAAAAUGGCGGAGGCCUACCCGUGGUGUGAGAUUGUCCUUAGUAAACCAAAGGGCCACUUCUUUGGCCCAUUCGAAGCAGUCGUCUACGAGGAACUCAAGGGGCCUUUGCUCCAGGCUGUUGCUGAUCUCGAGGCUAAUGAUCGCUCGCCGCACCCGGACCCGUCCGUUGACUUCCGCAUCGCUUGCGAGCUGGACGCGAUUUGCUAUCGCAAACGCGUCCAUUUCCAGUAA